AUGCGAGUGUUGGAUCAGAUGGUGAUGACAGCAAUGAAAAGACAUUCAACGGACACAAGGGUUGAAGCGAAGAGAGCGUCCAAUUGGUGGACCAAUGGAUUGCUGAGUGCUAUGAAAGACCAGUCACUCGUUGUCUUGAAGGAUGACUUGAUUACUAUCAUUGAAGACAAAUAUCCAAAGUCCCGACACCAUCUGCUAGUCAUCCCCAAUAAGAACUCAGGCAUGGAUUCUGUGGAUGACUUGACCGCAAGUGAUGUGCAACUCAUUGAUCACAUGACACUCAAAGGCAAACAA